AUGAUGGGUCGCCCGGUGUUCGUGCUCUUCGGCUCCUCCAUCGUGCAGUACAGCUUCAGCAACGGCGGAUGGGGAGCCACCCUCACCGACGUCUACGCCCGCAAGAGCAGAAGCCGGAUCAUAGACCAAGUCAAAGCUGAUAUUGUUCUCAGAGGAUAUAUUGCAUGGAACUCAAGGCGAGCACUUCAAGUCAUUACCAAAAUUUUCCCCAAGGAUUCAGCAGUGCAGCCUAGCUUGGUGGUAGUUUACUUUGGUGGCAAUGAUUCGAUUGCUCCGCACCCUUCUGGGCUUGGACCUCAUGUGCCACUUGAGGAGUACAUGGACAACAUGAGGAAGAUAGGAGAGCACCUCAAGAGCCUGUCCGACAAGACUCGUGUGAUCUUUCUGAGCUGCCCGCCGCUCAACGAGGAGCUGCUCAAGAAAUCAACGAGCACUGCACUGAGCGAGAUUGUGCGGACCAAUGAAACCUGCCGUCUCUACUCUGAAGCAUGUAUAUCUGUAUCGAAAGAGAUGGGCAUCAAGGUGGUCGAUCUUUGGAACGCCAUGCAGAAACGAGAGGACUGGGCCACAGCAUGCUUUACGGACGGGCUGCAUUUGUCAGAAGAGGGGAGCAAUAUAGUUGUGGAAGAGAUCCUGAGGAUCCUCAAGGAGGCGGAGUGGGAUCCAUGCCUACACUGGAAGGCGAUGCCGACCGAGUUCGGGGAGGACUCGCCCUACGACCUUGUCGCCUCUAGCGGCAAAUCCACCAUCAACCCAUCCGAGUGGACAUUCCACAGGAAAAGAUCAUGGGAAUGA